AUGUCGAACGACAAGAACGCACAAGAACUCCUCAAGUGGGGUCUUACCCACUCUUCCAAUGCUGUCACCGCCGCCUCCGGUCCGUCGGUCGAACAAAUCUCUGCAGACAUCGAAGCCGGUCGACGUCCCGAUCUGGCCGACCCGCACCUAUACGACGCAAUCAUGGGCAAGUCUGAAGCCCAGAUGAUGCGCGAGGAGCUCUCUGUCGCAGUCGACCCCACGCGCACCCUCGACGACCGCUGCACCGCCUUGGAUAACUUCGAGAUGCUCAUCGAACAGAUCGACAAUGCGAACAACAUUACCUCGAUGAAGAUGUGGGCGCCCUUGAUUGCGUUGUUGUCCGCGAGCGAGGCCGAGCUCCAGACGGCGGCGGCGUGGAUCCUGGGCACGGCGGUGCAAAACAACGACAAGGCGCAGAUGGCCGUGCUCGAGUACUCGCCGGUCAGCUCCUUGGUGGAUCUGUUGCAGAGCGAGAACGCGGAGGUGCGUGCCAAGGCCAUGUACGCACUAAGUGGGUUGCUGAAGCAUAACCCGGCGGCGAUGGACCAGUUCGACCAGAUGGAUGGCUGGAAGGUGUUGAAGUCGGCACUGGUCGACCCGAACAUUGGCCUGCGCAGAAAGACGGCAUUCCUGCUCAACGCGCUGCUCUUCCAGGACCCCAACCUCUUCGACUCGCCCUCAUCCUCCACCACUCCUUCCAACACAACCACAAGUACAGCCACGGCGGUUGCCCCUGUCACACCAGCGACCACGGCGGCAGGCGCACCAGCAGCCCCCCUCGAACGCGGGCCCGAAACCCUACUGACAUCCGUCCCGCACCCAAACGUCUCCCGCGCCCUCCUCACCUCCGGCCUCCUCCACACCCUCAUCUCCUCCCUCCUUCCCUCUGACUCCAAUCACGCCGAUCUCCUCCCGCCCUCCGGUCCCGACGGCGACGCAGACCCCCACACCGACUUGGACUAUGCAGAAAAAGCCGCUACUGCCGUCUUGACUUUCACCGCCAAGCUCCCCCCAGCCGGCACACCCGCGCAGCUGGACGACAAGUCAAAGGCGCUGCUCAAGGCGCUGCUCGAUCAGUUGCAGGGUGCAGCCCUGGACGCUGCAGACGGGUCGACUAGCAGGUGGGCGGAGCUAGGGAUCGAGCAGCAAGACUUCGACGCCUUCAAGCAGAGAGUCGAGGCUUUGUGA